CGAAGUCCUCUCUCUCUCUCUCUCUCUCUCUCACACACACACACACACACACACACACACACACACACACACACACACACAGACAGGGGUGUUGUGCACGGAGAGGUCCGCGGAGAUAUGGGCGGAGUGCCAUUCAAACUCGGUGCAAAACCGAAUGGGCGUGCGUAGACUGGCGUGGGGAAGUGCAUUCUCUGUCUCUCUCUCAGAGCGGUGCUCGCGCUUGGAGAGGGGCGUGGAGAGGUAUGCAGGGUCGGAAGGAUGAGCGCGCGGUGUUUCUAGUCGUCAGAAGUACUGCAUGUGCUAUUUUAUCCCUUUCGCAGAAUGGCUAGCGGGGAGAACUGCACUCAAAGUAUUUGAGCUGGCCAGAUUCAAGCUAAUAUAACCCAUUUGGACCAUAAAUAAAAUCACGAGGACGUGCUCAACUAAAAAUGAUGCCAUUUGGGAGGCGGCCACUUGGAGCCACAGACUUACGUCUGGAAGGGAAAGCUGGAGGGCAGGGUGAGCCAUUGGAGUAUUUUACACAGCUUGAAGAUGCUGUUAAACGAAAACGAGAGGUGCCAUCGUUCAUUGAGAGGAUGCGUUGCUGGAGGAGUGUGUUUGAGAGAAAUGGAUGUCAGAAAAGGUUCGAGGUGAAGCAAGCAUGUCUGUGAGACAUGGGGAUUGUGGCUUUGGAGGUAGCCAGUGUGAACAGACAUGAUCCUCAACUACAGAUUUGCAUGAGGUCCCCCAGAGUGUGGGAACUGCAGAAUGAAAUAUUUGAUAUGUGGGAGGCAGGUUUGGUAAAGGGUGAGAAAUUUAAGAAGGGUGAAGUAUCUAAGAAGGGCAUCGCUGGGUUGAAAAUUGUGUUGAGAUGUGCAACAGAUGAGGCAGAGCUAGCAAAGCUAGGAGGCUACAGCAGUGCAGGGCUGGGGGAGAGGCUGGGUGAUGGGUGCAUGGUGGGGGAAGCCCCAUCGUCGACAGUGGAAGGCGUUCCUGUAAUUUUGCCUGUCAGUGAGAGGGACGAUGGCACUCUUGCUCAGGACGCAGACUUGGCGAUUUGUCCCUGGGUUCCAGUGGGCGCGUCGGAGGAUGGAAUGGUUGGUCAUUCGGCCUACAUGUCUGAAAGGGUGCGAAGGAUGCCGGAUGGCAGUGUCCUCGCGCAGGACUCGGUAGGCGGAAGAAGUCCAAAAGCCAUCACCACAAGUAAUGGUGUCUUACAAGUGCCUGCUGACAUGCCUGUCACUCCAUGGAUUCAAAUGGGAGCGCUGGAUGACGAUGACGUCAUCCAGGUACUGCAGAAGGUUCGUGAUCGGGAGCUCAGUCUCGAGGAGAUGGAGCAGGAGUUUGAAAGGAUCAAGCGGCGGAACAGAGCCAUCGAUGCAUUUGUGAAGGGGACGAACAGCGAGUCUUGGGAGGAUGCAAAGGAGAAGUUUCCGAUUCACACUCAAGAGCCGAUGAUUGAGCAGUGUUUUGGCGACACUGAAAAGAGUGCCAAAGGGACCGGAGGAGUGAUCCUUGCGAAUAUGGCAUCCCUGAUAGCUCGGGCGCUGAAGUGGAAGACACAGGAACUUAGGUGGCAGGUGGGUGGUUAUCCCGGGAUGGCGUUGGAAGAUGCUUAUGAUGAUUGGGUACGGUUUCUUAUUGAAGUCGAGGAGGGCAGGAAGGAGCGUGGAUGCGGUAUCGUGAAAAUUCUGCAAGCGAACGUGCUAGAGAUGAAGUAUAGAGUUGCUGAACAGGAGCCAUUUUCCCUCGCCAUCUUUGACUUCCCUUGCGGGUCCAGCGUCCCUGGGUUUGCUAAAUGACGAUAGGGCAUUCACACGAGCAGAAGUUUUGACGGCGAUUCAGAACUUCAUGUGUAUGACGUCCUUGCCCGUUUGGACUGUGGUCAACUUCUGCUCCUUGUCGAUGCUGCUCUGAUGUCCGUAGUGCUUUCGAGGAGGUCUGUAAUGCGGGUGUCGAAGUCUGUUGUUGGGAUCAGGUCAAUGUACAAAAACCGCUUGGUCAAGCCUCCUGUUUUGCUAAAUCCUUUCAACUGUUCGUCUUCGGCUACCACAGUGAGAGUGGGAGGAGGGAGGCCGGUCACUGCUACUUUGGACCAAACGACGGUUGCAGAAAUGUUGUCUCCUUCCUGGCCGUUACCAACAAGUUUGUCUUGCCAUCCGAUUCCAUGGUGGUGUGCCCUUGCCAGAAACCAGUCGAUUUGUAUAAGUGGAUAAUAACAUAUUUUUCGUCGGAAGGGUCGUCCAUCUUAGAUGGAUGCAUGGGGUCAGGUACGGGAGCGGUGGCAGGUUGUCUGCUCGGUAGACAAGUCCCGGUGGAGCAAUGGAAUGACAAGUGUAUUCAGGGAAUAAAGGCGCGAUUGUCCAUAUACUUUGCCAAAGAGGCGAGAGAGGAGGUAGAAAGGGACGACUCUGGAUACCCGAAACAGGUUUAAGAUAUGCUCAAUCAGCAGUAGUAGGGUAGGAAUCCAAGUUUUUGUGAAUAGUUGUGUUCUCUACGGUUGUCGUUCCUGUCUUUUUGACUGCAGCUUCAGGAGGCAGCGGCACCCGCCUUAACAUAGA